CAUAAGGAUAUAAAAACAGAAAAUCCAAAUUGUUCGUACAUAGUUUUAUGUAGUGCUAGGCAAAUAAGAUGGCUACUAAAAUUUCAGUUAUUUUGUUUUUGUGCUUAGCUAUAUGGAAACAAAAUGCCGUUGAUGGAAAUAAGAAUUUACCAGGUAAUCUGAUAACUUAUGGUAACAGUCAGUACUUUAUUGCAGAUAAUGUUCGGCAAUGUUGGUGGGAAGCAUGGAGAUAUUGUAAAUCUCUUUACAUGGAUCUCGUCAGUAUUGAAUCACAAGAAGAAAAUAACUUUCUUUAUGAAAAGUUAAAGGAACGCUAUGGGAGUGGAGCCGAAUAUUCAUUUUGGACUGCAGGAGCCAAAAAGGGGAGAGGAUGGGUAUGGAAAACUACACGGCUUCCAAUCUACUACUUCAACUGGGAUCCCAAUGUCAACGCGGGAAACCGUAUAGAAGUGAGAUAUAAUGGUUUAACCGGACUUCACUGGAACGUUAAGCGUCAACAUUUUAGAGGCAUAUAUGCAAUUUGUGAAGCUGCUUUGUGAUGUGAAUUUUUAAACCGGUUGCUUAAACCGAUGCGCGAUGGUGCAGCUUGAAAUGUUACUAAUUAUAUCCCUACAUUGUAACACAGAUAAUAAAUUAAGUAGAUGUAUUUAAGUUACUAUAACAUGUACUUCAUAUAUGCAUACGUAGGGGUUCUUUUUAUAAAGAUUGAAUUUAUUAAAAAAAGAAAUUGGAA